AUGCCCCUCCGACUCGACUCUCGUUCCCAGACUCCUCCACCCGACGAUCCGUCCCGUCCAGCUUUCACGAUCGACCGUAAUGAUCGCGCGUACGUCAAGCAAUACGCCAACCUGUACUGGCUCCGACUCGUCGUCCUGCGCCCGAGGGUGUUGAAGAAUGCGAAAGCGAAAUGGACCGAGGCAAAGGGUCAGUCGGGAGGGGAGGAAAGGCGAUGGCUUUGCGAUGUGCGACGCGUCGAGUCGCGUCACGUCCAUCAGGAUGGCCGAGCGGAACUAGACGUUUACAACAUCAUGGGGGUGCUCUCUUUCGGUAUGCAAAGGAACUCAUAGUAACUCUGCUUUCGUUCUACAGACUCUCCGCAACACGUUCCUCGCAUGCUCGACGUCAAGGCCGGGGUGCAAUGCUACAUCAUCGGCACCGUCUACAUGGACAUGCCGCUCAAGCCCAACGUGCUCGAAGACCUUGCACGCGAGGUGUGUACCUUCCCUCGGUUAUGAUGGAAGUCGAGUCGAAAUAUCCCCCUCACUGACUUUGGGUUCUUGUCCCCGUUAUCAGCACUACAUCGCCGCUCCUCCGCCGAGACGAAAGUUCUGCUCCGUCUCGGACGAGAUCAUGCUUGAGGAUGAAUCAGGUCGUGUUCGACUCGUCGGGCCGGCGAUCGAAAAAGCGGCCGGGACGUUCGUAACAGGUAAGGCAUCUUCUUUCCCAAAAAAACGCUUUCAGCUGCUGGAAAGAAAGAGACCGACUUUGAUCUUCGAACGAGCAGGGACGAUCAUGGCCGCACUAGGUAAAGAACUUCCCUCCGGCGACUUCCACGUCACGGACUUUUGUUAUGCCGGUCUACCCCCACCUGCACCCAUCACCGAGGAUGCGGGUGCGAUGAACGUCUCGGACGAAGGUCGGCCCGAAGAAUGGGUCGCGAUCGUGAGUGGGUUGGAGAUGGGGGAUCAGGAUCGGACGCAGGAGAUGAGGAGGGAGUUGUUGGUCGAGUACCUAUUGGGUGAAUUGGGUGGGAAUGAGGUACGUUCCAUCGAGUAGAUUCUCUCAGCUUGUUUCGAUGAAGCCACUAAGUAGCUGCCAGAUGUGGGGGGCGUAUCACAGCUUUCGGAAGAAGCGGCCAAGAUCACGCGAGUGAUCCUAGCAGGCAACUCGAUGGCCCAACCCGAACCGAUCGACGAUGCCACCACCUCCCAUAUCAACGGUACCACCUCGACCUCAACAGAAAAGAAGCCCAAGCGAUACGGCUACGACGCUUCCAUCUAUUCCGCCAAACCCGCUUCAGCAUUGGACGCAUGGUUGGAACAGAUCUUGCCGAGUAUGAACGUCGAUUUGAUGUCGGGUGAAUCGGAUCCUGUGGCGCCGACGAUGCCGCAGGCCAAGUUGCAUCCGGCGAUGUUGCCCCUUGCGAGUGGGUACGAGGGUUUCAAGUCGAGGAUGAAUCCGAGUUGGUUUCAAAUCGGGCACGCCAAGUGAGCUCUACUCUGAUCGUUAUAAGCCGAUUUGGGGCUGAUCCCUUCCCUGUUCUGACGCUUUUCAGCUUUCUGGGAACGAGCGGGCAAACGCUGGACGACAUUUUCAAGUACUUGACCUCGGAGGACCGCCUGGGAGUGGCGGUCAAGACGUUAGAAUGGUCGCACAUCGCACCGACGUGUCCCGAUACGUUAUGUGCGUCGUCAGCGAAAAGUCUGAUUUGAUGAUCUCAGAAGCCUAAUCACCCACUUCUAUCCUUUCAGGGUGCUACCCCUUCUCCGACCGCGACCCGUUUAUCCUCCACUCGACCCCUCAAGUCUACUUCAUCUCGAACCAACCCCAAUUCGAAACCCAACUACUCGAACAUCCCUCCCCAGAAGCAGGUGGUGAACCCCUGAGGACGCGUCUGAUCCUCGUACCCAAAUUUUCGCACACGGGUCAGGUCGUGUUGGUUAAUUCGAGGAGCUUGGAGGUCAAGGUGGUGGGUUUUGAGGUGUAG